GUUUCAAAGCGACAAUAUAUAAUCGGCUACCAAAGCUUCCACAAUAUAUAACUUUAACAUUCUCUUUUGAUUGAGCUAUUUAGAUCUUUCGACGCGUGGCUUGCAGUUGAUGUCUUCCACGGACUCCUUUCGGAGUUUUAUGAUCGUUCAAAGGUGUAUUUGGAGCGCUUACAAUUUCACGAACGUACAGUGUAAGCUUCGUACAUUUGUGUCGUAAUGUAUUUAAUACGAUGUAGGAUGAGAUUACAAUUCCUACCCCCGUAACAACUUUUAUACGCACCACUGAAGUCAUUCGUCAAGGAUAUAGCGCUUCCCAUCGUCAUCUAUUGUAGCACAUGGUGAGUAGACCUGUCCGGGUAUUUCUUUCCCCUUUUCACUCAAGUGUCUUAUGCUCACGUCUGCCCCCUCUACAGGUUUUGAGCACUAUCCGCACCUCACAGGCGAAGAAAAGUAUCUUAAAAGCCCAUGUAUGCAGCUCUAGACUAUAUUCUCCGCUUUGUGAUAAAGAAUGAUUGCGAUGCUGUAUCUGAGAAAGAGAGCGAAGACAACGGCAGCAACAUGUCCGACGUAAAUAGUUCGCCGAGCAGGACUGGAAACGAAUGUAACCUUGACGCUGUCGGCAACGACGAAUGCGACAAUGAUACUAAACUUCAAGCUUUCAUCUGACUCCAAAAAUGGAUCCGAGAUAGUGUCCCGACACAAAGGAGAACAAUAAACUUUCACCAGAAACAUUUCGUGCAUUCAGAUGAAUAAAUUCUUGCAAUGCUUGUGUAUUUCUUUAAGGAGGCGUUGCCUUGUAUCGCUGUACUGAAUCCACUUGGUUCGUACGCUGACCGCUAAGCAAACUUUUCGAUACAAAGCAUGCUGAAAUCGGGAGAAUAGACUUAACCAUUGAUUGUUCAGCCCUAACCAGCGCUGCCAACUGAGUCGCAAAUCGAAGCGUUCUCAACAACUUUGAGAGCACUCAAGCGCGUCCCAUGAACGCUCUCAUGACGUCUGUGUAUAUUCCAAGGAAGUACACAGACGGAGAUUUCGCGGCAACCCGUCGUUUAUUUAGCUCUUCCUCAAUGCUUCAACAUUAUAAGCGGGAGAAUUUGACGUGAUUUUUUCAGCUGGACGAAACAAUGGUUGUAACACUGGAAGUCUCCAGUUAGGCGAUGAAAAAAGAAUAGAAGAUAUUAUUCGUGUACAAUGUAUUAUACCAUCAAUCAGAAAAGAUGAGUAAUGUAGUUGAAAUGGUCAACGAUAUUGAGCUGAGGGCAUGGACGAUUAUCAAACGACAAAAGAUGAGCGAGUUUCUGUAUUUAUGUAUUUCGCGACGAAGUUAAUUAAAGCUGAUGAGUGCUCGUACACUCGUACACCAAAUUUGCAGCUCUGGCACUCUUCAAAGGUUCCCUGUGAUAGCCGAAUGAAAGCACGUACAAAGUUUUCCUGCAAAGUUUUAAGAAGGUAACAUCUACCAUUCUCACCCGUAAUGCCUAAAAAAUGGCCAUCCGGCCAUAG